AUGUCUAGACUGGUCAAUGGCGUGAGGUCGUUUUCUACAACGGCCUCUAGCUUGCUAGCCGACGCAUCCUCAGCUUCGCGAUCGGUCGCUCAACCUUCUUCUUUCCAGGUCUUUCGCGAUGUCCCUCCCCUCCGCCAAUUGCGCCAUCAGCUGUUGAAAAAUGAACGCACUGUGGGAUUCGUUCCGACCAUGGGCGCGCUCCACGAAGGUCACCUUUCGCUGAUCCGAGAAGCCGCCCGCGAGAACACCGACAUCUUUGUUAGCAUCUUUGUCAACCCUACACAAUUCGGCGUGAAUGAGGACCUAUCAAGCUAUCCACGCACAUGGGACAGUGACGUGGAGAAGCUGGAGAAGCUCAAUGACGAACUCGGCCGCGCAGGUGCGCCAGGAGCGGGACAAAUCACUGCCAUCUUUGCCCCAACCUCCAAGAGGGGGGGUUCGCGACCUGUCUUCUUCCGUGGUGUCGCAACCGUCUGCAUGAAGCUCUUCAACGCCACUACCCCGGACCGGGUAUACUUCGGCCAGAAGGAUGUACAGCAAACCGUUAUUAUCAAGCGGAUGGUCCAGGACUUCCUUCUAGGCACAGAAGUUCGCAUUAUCAGUACCUCUCGCGAGGCGGAUGGAUUGGCACUAAGCUCCCGCAAUGUCUACUUGGGCGACCGAAGACGUAAUGUCGGCCUCACAAUUUACAAGGCUCUCAGGGCUGCUGAGGAUGCGUACCUAUCGGGCAAAGCUAGCCGAGCGGACAUCCUGGGUGCUGCCCGGAGCAUUACCGAUCGCGUGCUAUCUGAACAGAAGGCACUUGCGCCUUCAGAAAGAGCCCUCUUCGAGGUUGAUUAUAUCUCCCUUGCUGACCCCGAUACUCUCGACGAGCUGGAUCUCGUCGAUUCCGCCAAGGGAGGUGUUCUGAGUGCCGCACUGAAGAUGGCACCCCUAGAGGAGAACAAGCCCGGCGAGGAUUGCGGAUUGGGAGAUGGUAAAGUCCCAGUGCGGCUCAUCGACAAUCUGAUCCUCCAGCCCCGGGCUUGA